AUGCCGGUACAAUUGGGGAAAGCUCCCAUAUCUGAUAAGGAUUUGGUGAUCGCGGCCAUAUCCCAAGUGCCCCUCGCAGUAACCCUCUUUAUUGCCACUAACAUGCUAUCCAGAGCUAAGAUAUUCGGCAGAUUGUAUGAUAAACUCACUCAACCAUCACUAAAACUCCCGUCAUUACAAGGUGGGAACUAUCACCGGUUUGCUCAGCUAAACCAACUGUCGCAAGUCGAACUCCUCACGGCUAUUAAAUCACUCCAGUCGUAUGCAACAAACUCAAAAAAAUCAAAUGAUCGAAGGAAAAAAUUGUUCAAGUUAAUGUCCUGGAGACAACAAAAACUAUGCCAGGACGUCGGAUACCUUCAGAAAUUAAAUAAAAUCGAUCAGUCAAUUGCUUCAAAUCAAAAAAUCUUGAAUAAAAUCGCCGAUUCCGCCAUCGACGUCUACGGAUUAUCGUUCCGGGACUUUGAUUUACUAAAAAACUCCUCGUCCUCAAACGUCUCUUCCUCCAAUUACAGAGUUGUCGAGACUUUGGGCCACUACGUCAGGGACUGGAGCCUGUCCACGGAAUUGUCGCCGUUACUUGCGUACAUCAACUCGCAAUUGUCCUCAGUAAUCCCCCGGAAUCACUCAAACACCUGCAUUAUCAUCCCCGGAUCCGGCUUGGGCAGAUUGGCCCAUGAAGUUGCAAAAUCAAACGACUGGGGGGCAGUCCACGCUGUCGAGUAUAGCGGAUUAAUGCAUAUUUGUAACGAGUUCAUCUAUAAUAACAAAUCCAAUCUUGAAUUGUUCCCGCAUAUUCACUCCUGCUCUAAUUUCACUAGUACUAAAUCUCAGUUCAGACCAAUCGCCAUCGAUUCAAACGUAGCCAAACCGGCUAAUCUUCAUCUACACCAUCAGGACUUCCGCUACUUUCAAAUCCCCAAUCUCGACCAAUUCGAUACCGUGGUCAUAGUAUCCGCCUUCUUUAUCGAUACCGCAGAAAACUUGAUUGAUUACUUUGAUACAAUUAACCACCUAACUACUCCGUCUCGUAAUAACAAGAAUUUGAAAAAAGGGUUUUGGAUCAAUAUAGGCCCGCUAAAAUACGGCAGCGCCGCUCAAGCUGAACUCAACUCGGAGGAAAUUACAAAAAUCCGAAAGAAAAUCGGCUGGAAUGAUCUUCAUCAUGAUGUCACCUUAAACAAUAAAGAAUCUCCUUUGGUUGGUUAUAUCACCGAUAAAGACAGUUUGUGGCAAGGUUACUAUGGUUUAACUAGAUGGACUUCUGCUAGAUGCGAAAAUCAUUAA